AUGGUGCUGGUGUCCACAUGGUGCUACUGUCCAUAUGGUGCUGCUGUCCACAUGGUGCUGCUGUCCACAUGGUGCUGCUGUCCACAUGGUGCUACUGUCCACAUGGUGCUGCUGUCCACAUGGUGCUACUGUCCACAUGGUGCUGCUGUCCACAUGGUGCUACUGUUCACAUGGUGCUACUGUCCACAUGGUGCUGCUGUCCACCAUGUGGACUGUCCACCUUUUGUCCACAUGGUGCUGGUGUCCACAUGGUGCUACUGUCCAUAUGGUGCUGCUGUCCACAUGGUGCUGCUGUCCACCAUGUGGACUGUCCACCUUGUGUUCACAUGGUGCUGCUGUCCACAUGGUACUCCUGUCCACAUGGUGCUGCUGUCCACAUGGUGCUACUGCAUAUGGUGCUGCUGUCCACAUGGUGCUGCUGUCCACAUGAGACUGUCACAGAGCCUCCUCCCAGACGCCUCUCCCCAGCGCCUCCCCCCAAAGCCUCCUCCCAAAGCCUCCUCCCAAAGCCUCCUCCCAAAGCCUCCUCCCAAAGCCUCCUCCCAGAGCCUCCCCCCAAAGCCUCCUCCCAGAGCCUCCUCCCAGAGCCUCCUCCCAGAUGACCAGGACCCGCCUCUCUCCGACUGA